AUGUUUUCUGAUACUUCCGACUCCAUCAAAUUUGGCAACGAGUUUGUUUUGCAACAAAGAGUCAGAGACAUUGCCACCAAAGGAUUUUCGACGAUUUCGCUACCGAAACCAGGCAAGAAGCCUUCUCCCAGUAAGAUCGAACCUGCCAUCGCACUGAUCCGUGAUGCCAUUGAUCAUCAAGAAGACUACUUGAGUGGGCUUACCAUGCGAAUUCAUCACACGGCGAGGCUAAUGGAAUGUCUCUACGGAAAGGAUGACAAGAUGGCCAUCUCUACCAUGCAAAAGACCAAGCAGAUCCAACACGAAUACGUUCAUAUCCUUCGAGUUAUUGCUGGUAUGAAGGCAUUUCAAAAUCAUAUCGAACUGGGCCUGAUCGCGCCGGGUGUCAAGAAUGUCGAAAAGAGUAUCAAGGAGAUUGAAGAUUGCCCAUGGAAAAACAAUCCAAGCACCGCCGGCAAAGAUGCCUUGGUGGCCAUGGUAGGAGAGAAGCGAUAUUUUCCUGUAAUGAGCUCGGGUGGAAAGAUUGGAUUGUCUUCCAAGCCACUAUCGCUUGGUGGCUCCGAGACUGGUUCAGUUUCUGAAUCAUUCUCUGCUGCAUCCUCCACUCUGUCCACAAUCACAGCCUCGUCUUCUCUUGCUUCUCCGAGAAGGAGCUUCUCGUAA